UGGAUGCGGGAAGAACUUCCAUUGAUUGUUGUGAAUGUCCGUGGCCGGUGUUCCUGUGUAGUCCUAAAUGUUUCAUUUUCAUUAGAAUUUCAUUAUAUUCUGCACCUGUACCCAUUUAGUGAGCAUCCAGAUGUUUGGUAUUAUGAGCCGUCCAGGCGGGUUAUCCACCCUAAUCCAUAUGUCAGCCCUUCGCCCGCUUGUGAUAUGCGGGCCAUCCGGCAGUGGGAAAUCGACACUCCUCAAGAAAUUACUGAAAGAUUUUGGGGAUUAUUUCGCUUUGAGCGUUUCCCAUACAACCAGGAAGCCCAGGCCCGGUGAAGUAAACGGAAAAGAUUACCAUUUUAUCAGCCGUGAUGAGAUGGAGCAGGCAAUUGAAGCUGGGGACUUCAUUGAGUACACAGAGUUCUCUGGAAACCUUUAUGGCACAAGUAAAAAGUCUGUGCGGGAUGUUCAGGAGCAGGGAAGGAUCUGCAUCCUGGACAUUGAGAUCGAAGGUGUCAAGAAUAUCAAGAAAACAGAUCUCAACCCCCGCUACAUCUUCAUCAAGCCUCCUAGUAUGAAGGCUCUUGAGGAACGCCUUCGUGGCAGAGGAACAGAAACUGAGGAGAGCAUCAUGAAACGGCUCGCACGUGCCAGCGAAGAAAUCAACUAUGGUGAGAACCAGGGCAACUUUGACCUGCUCCUUGUAAAUGACAACCUCAAGCUUGCCUACAACAAGUUGAAAGAUUACCUAAUCAAGGAGUACAGUAUGGGUUUGUCUAUUAUUCAGGAAGUGGAGGAGCUUCAGAAGAAGCCCGAGAUCUAGUCACACACGCUCUACCUGUCGCCGAUGGGAUCAUGUCUUCAUCAUUCAUCGUGCCUCAUAUUUUGACCGCUUGUAUUUAUUUGUAAUCAUCCAUUCCUCCCCCUGCCACAGACAAAUGGUCCAUUCCAGCAGCAUUUGGCCCUGCACAGUAUUACCCUUGUACCGCACCACAAGAAGUGACAAGCUGCUGGUUGCCAACUCUGUGGCAGCACGGAAGGCGCAUUUUUCUGCCGGCUGUCCCAUUCAUGUUUAAUUUAAGUUGCACACAUUGUCGUUUUGCAUCAUUGUAAGAAGCUCAUACUGAACAUUCUUGCAUUUUUGUGAUACGUUGAGGAAUCUUUUUGUCCUUACUAGUGAAACUGUGUUCCUUUUAUGUCGAUUGGGUACAGUGGGAACGAUGACGUAACAAGAUUAUGCACUUGACUAUUGUUUGUGGAUGUGUUUUGUUUUUGUAGUUGUCGUACUGGUGAGUAGGGUUUAAGCGGCCAGCAAUUGAUGUAAGCACCCUCUCCCUAUUUUUCCCACUCACCGCAUACGUGAUAUUAACUUCGUAGUCCCGUUGAAAUGCCGCCACAGAUUGUGUCGUCAACUGUGAUUAGUGGAAGCUAGCUGCAAUGGAGCACAACCUUUGUCGUAAACAGUUUGUUCUCUUCACCUGUGAUUGUGUGUCCUGGGAUAGGACAGGUGUUUCUUGGAGAAUCUCAUGCAUGUUUUGUGUAGUUUCUGUAAGUUCCUUCCAGGUGUCUACCUGCUGAUGUGGUUAGUUUUGUCAUGUAUUGAUAUGUGGCUUAUUGGACCAAAUACUUGGUAUGUCUCAUGAUUUUUUUUUAGUCAUUUCUCAAUUUGCAUUCAGUUAUUGGUUUUAUAUGUCAAGACCCUGUAAUUCUUUUACAAACAGAUUGUUUUCCAUCAUACAAAGACGCUUGCAAUGUGAUUAAAGAAUUUGGAGUUAUUGCUACAUUGUGAAGCUUUGGGAAAAUUGUGCAGAAGCUGAAAAUAAAGUUCUCAUUGAGUGCA